ACGGGGCUGCGCGGCCCUGGCUCCCCCCGUCCGCCCCCACGGAUUGCCGGAGCCCUGCCCUGCCCUGCCCUGCCCGGGCAGCGGCCGAGCCCUGCGGCCCCAUGGAGAUCUCCCUCAAGUACCUGCCCGGCGGGCGGCCGGCCGCCAGCGGAAAUAUGAUGACUCAGUCAGAUUUAGAUCUGAAAGAGACGGCUCUAAAAGAGGAUUUGAAGUUUUACUUCAUGAACCCAUGUGAAAAAUACAGAGCAAGACGUCAGAUACCAUGGAAACUGGCUUUGCAGGUUUUGAAGAUACUUAUGGUUACUACACAGCUUGUUUUUUUUGGUUUGAGUAACCAAUUGGUGGUCUCAUUCAAAGAGGAAAACACUGUUGCUUUCAAACACCUAUUCCUGAAAGGCUAUUCUGGAGUUGAUGAAGAUGACUACAGCUGCAGUAUAUAUACUCAACAGGAUGCUUAUGAUAGCAUUUUUUAUGUUAUUAAUCAGUACAGGCAUUUAAAGAACAUAUCCUUGGGGAUGCUUGGUUAUGAACAUGAAGGAUCAGGUUUAAAAAUCUGUAAACAACAGUACAAGAGAGGCACAAUGCUUCCUUCCAAUGAUACGCUGAACAUAGAUGUUUCUACUGAAACAGAAUGUGUCUUUUUAAAGCCAGAGGAGCUAGCUGAUAAGAAGGCAGAACUGAAGCUGAAUUCUUCUUUUUUCAAUCUUGAAUUUUACAGGCUUAUACAGGUUGAAAUCUCCUUCAAGCUGAAAGGCAUUGCUCUGCAGACAAUCCAUGCCCGUGAAUUGCCUGACUGCUAUGCAUUUCAAAACACUAUAACUUUCAAUAAUAGAGCCCACAGUGGAAAAAUCAAAAUCUACUUUGAUAGUGACACUGAUAUUCAGGAAUGCAAAGACUGGCACAUAUUUAGCCCUGUUCUCCAGAAGAACACUCAGUAUAUUCUAGUCUUUGAUGGAUUUGUCAUUUUAUGUUGCUUUACUUCUCUCAUCCUUUGCACACGAUCCAUUGUUCUUGCCUUGAGACUACAAAGGAGAUUUGUGAAUUUCUUUUUGGAGAAGUAUAAGCGUCGUGUCUGCCAUGCUGAUCAGCUGGAGUUCAUAAAUGGAUGGUAUGUCCUGGUAAUUAUCAGCGAUGUGAUGACAAUCAUUGGGUCAAUCCUAAAAAUGGAAAUAAAAGCUAAGAACCUCGCAAGUUACGAUGUCUGCAGCAUUUUACUUGGAACAUCAACUUUGUUUGUUUGGGUCGGAGUCAUCAGAUACCUGGGAUAUUUUCAAACCUACAAUGUACUCAUUUUAACUAUGCAGGCAUCACUGCCAAAAGUGAUAAGGUUUUGUUGUUGUGCUGGGAUGAUCUAUCUUGGCUAUACUUUCUGUGGUUGGAUUGUCCUGGGACCUUAUCAUGAAAAGUUUGAAGAUCUGAACACAGUGGCUGAAUGUCUGUUUUCUUUGGUCAAUGGUGAUGAUAUGUUUGCAACAUUUGCUCAAAUCCAGCAGAAGAGCACGUUGGUGUGGAGGUUCAGCCGGUUAUAUCUGUAUUCCUUCAUUAGUCUGUUUAUAUAUAUGAUCCUCAGCCUUUUUAUUGCACUCAUUACUGACUCCUAUGACACCAUAAAGAAAUACCAACAAAGUGGUUUUCCAGUAACGGAUCUACACGAAUUUCUAAAGGACCAUGACAGUGCUGGCUACAGAAAAGACCAGACUUCUGUGCCAUUCAUCUGCUGCUGCAGGAGACAACAGAGCGAUGAUGACUUGAUACUUAUUAACUGAUUAUUGCACAUUGAAAUUCACCACUAAUAAAUGCCAAGAGAGCCUAGUGGUAUGGAGAAGAAUAAUUCUCCAAAUUGCAAUGAAACCCACCAUCUGGACCUGCCUCAUGAACAGAGUAGUCUUACCUAAUUAAGUUUUUUUUGGAGGAAAAAAGCUAUAAAUGUGACAUCAGCUGGCUAACCUUCAGGAGAGCCCAGAAGCUGUGUCUGGAGGAGAGCUCUGAAGAACUCUGUAUUCUUGCUUCAAGUUCCAUCACAUUAAAGAAGACUUAUUCUUGAGCAUUGUCUGUGGGAGCUUUGUUUGCUAAUCAGCUCUAGGAGGAAGGAACGUGGCCCUAAAUGAACUGUUGUUGUUAAUAAGGAAAAGAAUUAUAUGAAAACAACUUUUAUAAAAUAAUUCUGUGUUAAAAAGUAUUAAAUAAAAGGUAACUGAGAAAAGAGGAGUUUUUCACUUAAAGUGAUGCAUUCAGCCUGUCAUUUCUACUUGGCACAUUUCAUUUAUUUGAAAUAAAUUUAUGUAAAACUAAAAAGCUGCACAAAAGUGCAAAAUAAUUGUGGUUCCCCCUCUUGUAUAUCAUUUUAACACAAACCACUUAAAGGUCACAGUCUAUUCUUUAAUAGCUUUACUAAAAAGCAGUUUGUUAUCCUUUUUUUUUUGGCUGUCUGUUCUAUUAUACUCACAAUAUUUGAUUUGUACUGUGUCUGGAUUAAACUUACUGCUUUAGCA